GGAGCUGGCUUCGGAGGUUCUCGAGGAGCAAACUCACAAAUGAAUAAUGACUUCAAUGAUCAAGAAGGCUAUGCAAGGCCAAGACUUCAAGGAAGAGAUCCAAUUCUGCAGGUUUCAACGACCGAGAUAACCGCUUUCAAAAUCAGAAUGACGAUUCACCGAAUAGGAGGGAUGAUAAUAAUUAUGGUGAAACUGGAGGGAGGGAAGGGUGGUACGGUGAUGAGAGAAAUGGAGAAGGAGGGUUUGCCAGAGGAGGAGGGCGAGGAUUCGUCACUGCAGGUGGAGGGAGAGCCGGGUUCCGUGGGGGGACUGGCCGAGGUGGAUUCGAUAGUGGAGCGCGACAAGGGUUCAGUGGUGAUAAUCAUGCAGUCAGGGGAGGGUUCGGUGCUGGUCGAGCGGGUUUCGGACGGGGAGAUGGAGGGGGGAGAGCGAGCUUCGGUGAUGGCGAUCAGCAAAAUAAAGGUUGGCUCGUUAAUGAUGAUCAGGAAGCGGAGUUUGAUAAUGAUCGUGGAGGUGGGAAAGGGAGGUUCGCUGAUGACAACGGAGGAAACAGGAAAGAGUUCGCUUUUGGUGAUCGGAGAAGCACAGGGGAGCGUGAAGAAAGAAGAGACGGGUUUGGAAGAGGGGGGUAUGGUGAUGACGGGCGGGGAGACAGGGGAGGUGGAAAUAGGGGCGGAAGAGGCGGGUAUGGUGACGACGGGCGGGGAGACAGGGGAGGUGGAAAUAGGGGCGGAAGAGGGGGGUAUGGUGACGACAGGCAGAGGUGGGUUCGGUGAUCCCCAUGGUAAUUUUGGGGAAGGUAGAGGUGGGUACGAUCGUGAACGUGGGGGAGUUAGCAGAGGAUUCAAUGAUUCAAAUGAUGAUGAUUAUUAUGGUGGUGGUCGGGGUGCUGGUGCAUAUCGCAAUGAUAGAUCAUCGCAAAAAGAUAAUUGGGAUACAAAAGCAGUCAAAAACUCCGAUCCGAAUAGCUAUGGAGCGAAUAGAAAUAAUUACGAAUACGGUCCUAUGAAUGAGGAUCGAAGAGAUGACAGAAGGCGAUCGAAUUUCGACGCCUCUGAUAGUGUAGUUCAUGAACCCAGACCAGAUGAACAAAGGAGAAGAUUCGGAUCACCGAACACCAGAAAUGACAAUGGUCCCGUGGAACACGGAGGGUUCGGCCGUGGUUCUGGAUUCGGAGCUCGAAAUGAAGGUUUCGGAGAGUUUUCGAAUAUGGCGAACAGAGACAGUCGCACUGGAUUCGGCGAUUCAAAUCAAUCACCCUAUCGUGAACCUUCAAAUUUUUCUCAAGCCAGUCGAGGCUUCUCCGGAGAUGAUGGUGCCACAUUCGGCCGUUCUGAUUAUCGUCGCAGAGAUGAAAAUCGUUUUCGUCGCAAUAGCUUCUCCAACGACCGAGCUCCAGGUGCAGGGUAUUAUCAAGAAAGACGAGGUGGACGUUCCCGGUAUUUUCCAGAGGAUAGAGCUGCAGAAGAAAUGUUAGAAGAAGAUGAAGCAAAUGCAAAAUAUUCGGUUGAUGACAUUGAUUUGGAGGUCACACUUAGUGGAAAAAUUCCGGAUCAGUAUCGCAAGUUUAUGGAUUGGGAAGAGGAGAUUGCAAGAGUGAACGGUGGCAGAAUAAUUAUGGCUGAUGCACUCAUCAAAAAUAUUCAGAAACAUUGCUAUAAAAAACCACGAGCGAUUCAAGCGGCUGUUAUUCCGCUGGUAUGGCUUGGCUGUGACGUAUUGGGUCAUGCAGAGACGGGAAGUGGAAAGUCGUUGGCGUUCAUAUUACCGAUCAUUGAUAUGAUCAUGCAAAAAGAACUGCAUAAAAGUGCCAAAGCAAGUUCUCCAAUAGCGUUAAUUGUUGCACCAACACGUGAACUGAUCAACCAACUUUACAACCAAACGAGAAAAAUGGCUGAUGGAACAGGUGUUCAAGUGGCGCAGUGUUAUGGACAAAUCGAUUUCAGUAGAAAUGUUGAUCAGAUACGAAAUGGAUGUCAUAUCUUACUUGCAACAAUGGGAAGGCUUCUGCACUUAGUUAACCGUGACUAUGUUAGUAGACUACGUCCUCAGUUCUGA